GUUCAGCCAACUUCACACAGCUCUUUGACACCUCAAUCCCAAGCGUUCUCCGGAAUUGUGUGUGCGAUUCUUAUUUGGUGUCUGAAAUCUUUCUCCACUCCCGCGAAAUCCCUCAAUUUCUCAUCAAAUUAACACGCCAACUAAAUGCUCGUGAUGGAGAAUCCCGAGGAAGUGCUGCAGAUCUUGGAGCGCUUUACCAAAUUGAAGCCAAAGGAGAUUCCGCAGGAGCUGGAGGAGUAUAUUCGUCAUGUAGCCAAAACGGGGGACACUGUGUACAGAUGGCCAAAUAUUAAGUAUUUAUUCCGCGAGAAGUUAGUCAAUGUGAUCAAGCAAUUUCACGAAUCCACACCAUCUAUCGAAGAUUUGCCUCAAUACCCCAAUGUGGACCCCUUCAACUAUGAGACUAUGAAGAAUGGACUUCUCGAACGUCUGGACACUUUCAACGCGGCUCCUUUCACAAUACAGAGGAUUUCUGAGCUACUCUCGGAUCCCAGGAAGCAGUAUACGAGGAUCGACAAGUUCAUGCGCGCCGUCGAGAAGAACAUCUUAGUUGUAAGUACGAUAGAGCCAGGAAGGAAAGCAACGGACAGCGAAAAUGGCGACAGCCUGGAUUCAAUGCAAAUCGAGUGGGAAACCUUGACGCCAUCUGCAGCUGUUAUCAUGGCUGAAGUGGCGGCCGUGGCCAAGUUUGUUUCUAGCGCCUCAAAAUCGCCCACUCAGGAAGACACUGUAGGCUUGCCGGACUCUCUUGAGGCGCCGGACAUUGAGAGUGAUGUCAAUAUCACGGACAGCUUAAGUAAGUUCGACGAGUCGAGCAACGACGCCACGCCUAAAGAUGAGACCACUCAAGACGCGUCGACUUCCGCUCCACUGGUGGUGAUCAAGCCUCUGGAAGUGGCUGAGACGGUGACCAAGGAAGCCUUCGAGGAGGAGGAGGAAGAGGAGGAUGAGAAGACCACCUCUGUGGAGGCUGCUGAAGUGACGACGGCUGCUGAGAAUGCGUCCGAAGAGCCUGAGAAAACCGAUUCAGACAACACCAACGCCACGAUUUCCUCCUCCUCGUCGGAUGACAGCAACAGCACGGAUGACAAUGAGAGCCUCACGGGGCAGACUUCGGACGUUCCCGAGAGUUCCGCUGUGGCACCAGAAGCAAUUCCAGCCGAGAAUAGUGAGAUUCAAGAGCCAGCAGCGGAAGAAACCUCGAGCCUCGCCGAGGAAAAAUCGCCCGAAGUGACUGAAGAGCCUGUAAAAGCUGCCGAAGAACCACCUGAAGAGGCGCCUGCCGAGGAGAUCGUGGAACCCGAAGCGGCUCCUGCGGCCCAAUCGCCGCCAAUUGCAUUCCAUCCGACUGAGGAAGAGACAGAGCAGGAGGCUGAAUUGCGCGAUCGUACGGAGGACGGAGAGCCGGUGUGCAAGAAGCCCAUGGAGAGUGAUAUGCUGGUCGAGGUGCCGCCAGCCUUGCCUCUCGAAGACAUCCCGCCGGCCGCCGUGGACGUUGUUUCUCAGAUGGUGGCCGACGAGAGUCUCCUGAUGCCGCCGAGUGAGGAGUUGCCCAAGGAAGCGACGGCCGAAGCUUCUCCGCCUGCAGAGGCGGACUUGAUUCUGCCGCUCGAGGUAGCCGACAUGGAAGUGGCUCCAGCGGCAUCGGAGGUGUCCGAGAUGGCGACUGAGGAGACCAAGACGGACGACGCCAUGGAAGUGGACGAGAGCAGCAUGGAGCCAAUGGAUCAAUAA